AUGAACGGCAAGAGUGGGUCUCGCUGGACGUUAGCGGCAUAUGUAAUUGCAACUCUGUUUAUCAGAGCAGUCCAAUCGAAAGAAAGGUAAAAAAUUGAAUCACAGAAAAAUUGCAUAAUUUAGUCUUGUCAAACAAAUAUUAUCUGUUGACUUGAUUGUCUGCAUUUAGAAGAACCCUUUUUCUAUAACAAUGAAAUUUAUAAAAUGAUUAACAAUAUACUCAGUACUAUGCUUUGUUUUUAGUGCCGAAGCAAAAACUAUGACAGCUCUCUUAAACAAUCUUAUUAAAGAUUAUGACAAAAGACUGAGACCAAACUUUGGAGGUAAGCGUCGAUUUCUAUUUCUGUGACAUAUAUUUACUGCUAGCCCACUAAAUUACAUGCAAAGUCAUAUACCCACUGCGGUACAAAGAACUGCGGAGGGGUGGGGAGUGGGGAACCAGUAUCACGUCAUUUGUAUUGUGCUGUAUUGUUCUGCACAUUUGAUCAUGUACUAAUAUGUUAAUUUGCGUAAUAGACCUUUCCUGCAUUCCUGUAAACAAUGGCACCAACUCGAGGCUCGGGUGGACAAACUACAGUCAGGGGCACCCAAUGGAUCUGUUCCUCAAUAUAUCUGUUCUUCAGGCACAUUUUUGCUAGCUGGGAGAUGUGGAAGAAAUAAUAGUCCUUGGAAGGAAAGUGUUGCUGGGAAAAAGAUAAUUCCGGGUGUCAGAGGGGAUGUGAAGUCUAGAAUAGCUGCUACGGGUUACUUGUAUGGGUUACUUACCACUCAAGAUCUGAAUUAAUUGUGCCCUAUGAAACUUCCCAGUAAGUCAGGUUGCAGGUUGUAAGGUUGCUGGCUGGGAACUCUUCCAUCAGUCUUGCUGGGAGUGAGGAACGGACAAUUUUUUUCCAGCAAUCUCCCAAAAUGCUUAAAAUAGUCUCAGAAAACUUUAUUCACGCUUUGUUAUUGUUUUUAGGUCUUUUUCUCAAAAUUUCCCGUUGGGUGCCCCUGUACAGUGAUUUGUAUGAAAUUGUACACCCGAACCUCGUCCUCAUUUCUUUAUGUUUGCUCACUGGAGCGUUAUGCGGGAAAGGUCUAUAGCAAGUAUUAAAUUAUUAUUAUCUUUUUGCUGUACCACAGGAGCUGAAAAGAUUCGCAUUGGGCGAAAAGCCAAAAAGCUCUCUGUGAGAUCAUACAUGUUUAAAUAAUUCUUCAGUGUUCUUUGAUGGUGCACCUCCUUAAGAGUUGCGCCUUAAUGUGGUGGCGAGGUCUGCAUGCCAUGGUGAUCCUGAAAGCUAUACCAGUUGGGACCUUAGUCCCUGAUGGUUUUAACUGCGCUGAGCAGUUUUUGGGCGAGAAAACAGACAAAUCACAGCACCUCGUCUUCCAGAUUGGGGGUGGGUGAAGGGUUAAUGUCUCAUCCCCGUAAACAAGUAUCAUUAUUGAAAACACGCGCACUUUUCAAGAUGGCAGGAGAAGGAUAUACAGCCUUAUUCAUAACAGAGCGCGAAGAGGCGAGGGUAGGUAUGUAGAUAGUGCAGGUCGGGACCUGUCAUUCAUUCCUUUUGUCUACUUUUUCUAGGUUCGCCAGUUAUGGUUACUGUAGGAUUAUGGGUCUUGUCCAUUGACUCAAUCAACGUUGUUGACAUGGUAAGCUGAAGUUGGGAUUAAAUUUAUUCUCUAUUCAGUGAAAGAUUAGAGUAGAGUAAGUUUCGAACACUGAGAACUUUCCAUAAAUAGAGUGAAGACUGGGACCACAAAAAUAGCUACUCGAAGCGUGAACUAUACAUGCCAUUCUUUUAAGUAUAACACCCUCAGGACCGAUCCAACCAUAAUAUAUAUAUAUAGCUACGUUUAAACGGACGCAACAACUCCCAACAUUGUUGGGACCUGCAAUGCAUCUUGGGAAGGAUACAACCCGUGGGACUUUGUAAACCAAGUGUAAUUUAUGACUGUUUAUUAAAGAAACUCAUUGAAGCAACAUAUUGUACAUAUAAGGCUGAAUUACAGAGCUACUUACAAUCGUAUAAUAAUAUGUAUAAAUAUAGAUAAUAAAUCGCAAAGCUACUUAAAAAUUUACUAAGUAACAACACCUAAUACUUAAAAGUAAUAAAAUCUUGAGUGCGCUUGCAGUCUUACAAAUUGGGUGCUUCUGACCUCAGAUGAUAAUUAUUGUGAACUUCCUCCAGUUUAGGGAGUGUAACGGGUGGUUUUCGUUCUGUAAUCUAGCAAUGUAGACUUGACACAGAUGGACUCGUCUCUCUUUUAAGGUCGUGAGAGAAAGUGCAGAUAAAGCCUCAUUGUAAUCGUGCAUAGGAAAUAUGAAACGCAUAGCCCUUUUUUGAAUGCUCUCGAUCGUAGAAGCCAGAAAUUCAGGUAUGUUUUGCCAUACGGAGACAGCGUAUUGUAAAACUGGGCGCACAAUAGCUACAAAUACGUUAGCUAGAUAAACUGGUGGAGCUCCACACUGCUUGAGAACUCUGAGUCUGACUGGUUUUAAACUUUGCGCAACAACUCCCAGCGAAACUGCAAUUAACAUGCAGCAACAUUCAACAGGGUGUGCAAACGGACGCAACAUGUAACAUCCAACAACGCUGAGAGUUGUUGGCCACCAAUGAUGCGUCCGUGUGCACGGGGCUUAUUCACUAUUAUACUUUAUUUCUUUCUUUCUUUUUUUGUUAGGACUACAAAUUAGAUUUCUUUCUUAGACAACUUUGGAAUGAUCCUCGCUUAAAGCAUAACCGGAAUGAAACCCUAGCUGUUAGUAACUCCAUGUUGGACAAGAUUUGGUUGCCAGACACGUAUUUUGAGAAUUCCAAAAGUUCACAGUUCCAUAAAGUGACGAUGAUAAACAAGCUGUUGUCCAUAUCUCCUGAUGGUGGGGUUCAUUACAACGCCAGGUACUCAAGCCAAUAAUAAGUGGCCAAAAGCUUAAUCGUUGUUAUAUUGGUCUAAUGAUUGGAGUUUGAAAGUGUUACUUAUUGAGAAGAGGGGAAAACCGGAUUACUCAGAGCUAAAUUAAACCUCUUGGUGGGAGGGAGAGAACCAACACCAAACACGACCCACAUAUGGCGUCGACGCCAGGACUCGAACCCAGGCCGCUUGUGGGAAACGAAUAUUCUCACCACUGCCGGCGCCAUCAUCUCUUGUCCAAACAUUUCGUGGAUAAAGGGGCUCGUCCCUACAGAGACAAAGCUAAUGCGUCACUUGGCACCGAAAUGCAGAGCUUAGAGUUAUCAAAUGGGUUAAUAUGGCAAAUUAAAGAAAUUUAAAAGCUUUUAAGCGCCAAGUAAGCCCUUAAUCAGAAACACUAACCACACUGUCAGCGUUACUCUACUGUCAAAUUCCCUAAUCGAUAUCACGAAAAAUAGCCCAUUAAAUUUGAUCUUCAUCGCUGAGAAUAUUCAUUGCCCCCAACACAAGUUAGACUUUAAAUCUGAUCAUUUAAAAAGACGCAUGAUGAAUUCUCGCCUUUCUCUUAAAUUGUGUAAGCAAAACUGACGCGAUAGAUACAUCUGCAGUUUAUAUCCUCUUAUCUGUUUUUACAGAGUGACUGUGCGGGCCAACUGUCCCAUGGAUUUGCGACUUUUUCCUUUUGAUAAACAGCAGUGCAAUUUGAACAUCGAGAGCUGUAAGUUAUUUAAAACCUGGUAUUUAUGAAGUCAUUACUCAAAGUUCGCGCGUCAGUGAUUAUCACUAGAAUUUGUGGCGAUCGGCUGAGUUUUUGUUUUUUAUUUGUCUCUACUUUUCAGAUGGCUACAACGCUGAAAAUAUGCAGUAUAGAUGGGAAAAUCGAACCGACAAAGGCGUGGCGGUAAAUGAAAAACUGGAUGAUAUGCCACAAUACAACUUAACAGGCGCAACAACAACUAGUUAUUUUACAGCUUAUUACUCAGGUGGGUGCAUCGCAGACAAAAGUCCAUUCGGAAAUAUGUUUCUAGAUCCUGUUUGACAGACUUAAGUGCCUUUGGUUAUGGACUCAGCUCCCUUUCAACAUAAAAAUAAUGAUAAUUCGUGUUUAAAGCAAACUCUUUUCUUGAUUACAAUUCGUUCGUAAUUAACAAUUAUUGGAUGAGGCUUAGUAUGAUACGAAGAAUUAAUUAUGCAGCUCGACGAGGGAGUUAUCCACCUUAGGUCCUCUUUGUUUUUUGCUGUUCUUGCUAUGGUUCUCAGCAGUUCGGCUAUUUCUUCUUGCCAAACGUGUGAAAAUUUUUUGUCAUUUUCUAACUGAAGCAACCGAGCCAACGACGACUCGGCGAUUACCGUCUCUUUUACUGGCUAUAGCCCCGGGCUAUAGCCUGUGCUAUUGAUGACAUUUUACUGGAUGUUUCAAAAUUCUUCCAAAUUUGGUCAACGCUAGCUAAUGUUGAAGAAUUACCCAGGGGAUUUAAGCCAAUCAGAAACCGAGAAAUAUUUGGAAUGGAUAAUAUAAUUUUUAGUAAACUGUGUCUUUAUUGUCUUAAAAUUAAAUAGACUGCUAGUUUUUAGACUCUUCUCUUUCUUUUUAGGAAACUGGUCGCGUCUCUCCUCGUCAUUUAAGUUUACAAGAAGAGCUGGAUAUUUUCUUAUUCAUAUUUAUGCACCGUGUGCAUUAAUUGUGAUAUUAUCGUGGAUAUCGUUUUGCAUUCCCCCCGAUGCUACUGCAGCCCGGAUAGCUCUCGGGAUAACUUCAGUACUGACGAUAACCACUAUAUUAAAUAUGUUGAAUACCACAAUGCCAAAGGUAUGGACUGGUAAUAAAUUCACAUAUUCUCUAUCAGGAACAGGGCCACAGCAGAUAGUUGCUAUCUUAUAUUAUGUUAUAUCGUCAUGCCUAAUAUCUUCUCUAGUCUUGCCUUGUUUUAUGUUAUCGGGCUUAUUUUAUCUUAUCUUAUCUUACCUUGCGUACUGGUUUGGACCUGCGAAUGUAAGCUAUUUCCAGAUUUACUCAGUUCCUUUUCGUCUAUAUUUGGCUUCAAAACCGGCAUUAGAACUGCUAGAAAUGUGAAAUGUAUGUGAAUUCAAAAAAUCUUUUACUCAAAUCAUUUCUUUCGUUUCAUUUCAGGUAUCGUACGUCAAGGCAAUAGACUGGUAUCUAAUUGGUAGCUUUCUGUUUGUUUUCUGCGUACUAGUGGAGUACACUUUUGUUCUCUAUGUUGUCAAUGUUCAUAAUAAACGGUUAAAAAAGAUUAUGAAUCUCCAACAGAUAGAAGAAGCGGUAAGUAACGAAACAAAUGAAACUUUAUGCAGAGCAUAUUUCUUGUUGUGUACAGAUUGAAGUGCUCAUCUGUAUUUUGAAUAUGUCUUAAAAAUAGGAAGAAGAGUCAUUAAAAAACAACUCGCGGAAAUCAGCUAUGAAUGGUAGUAUACCCCACAAGGGUAAUCCAGAUUACGACCACUACGAUCCACUCGAGGUACUGUAUAUGACAGUUAUUGUAAUUAUAAAUAGUCUUCACGGCUCAUAAGGUCAAUCCAAAAGGGUUUUUACAGGAACGUUAACUGCCUUGAAUUCAGUGUAUUGUAGCACUCAAGUGCUACCAGGCUCUGGGCGGAGCAUGGGCAAGUUAAUUACUUAGUAAUUUUAAUUAAAAUUUCGUUUGACUAUUGGAGAAAUCGAAACGAAAUGAUCGGGGCAGAUAACUUAGUACAAAAGUAUGUAAUAUAAUAUCUUAUCUCACGGGAGAUAUGAACUCAAUAAAUUGACCUCGCUCCCAAUGUGUGGCUUCAUAGCUCAUUUGGUAGACCAACGCACCGGUAACGCGGAGGUCACGGGUUCGAAUCCCGUUGAAGCCCUGAUUUUUUCAGGCUUCUUCUUUCCAAUUGCUUAAAUUGGAAAAUUUACUGCGAUGAUCAUUUUUCACUUUCAUCUACAACCGCCGUUCAAAAAUUAAUUAUUUCAUAUAUACUUCACAUCAUUAUAAUAUCUUAGUUGAGGAAGAUGCUCAAAUUAUGAAAAUAAUGAUCUUUCUGCGGUGGGUAACCCCUACCGAUGCCACUGCAUCCCUGUCCCUAGCCCCCAACCCUGAAUUUCACAGCCGGGCUUGAUUGCAGAUUUCAAAGAGCAAAGCUUUUAACUAAUUACCCUGGGUGAGGGUGGGGUAGGGAAGUGAUUUUAGCACAUUCUACCUGGUUCUAGUUGAUCGCUCUCAGUCCAAGGACCAUUUCACUGACCACGACUAUUGCUUUCAAAUUUGCAACUAUUUCUUGUUUUGAAAUUGUCUCAUAAAAUUUAUACAUUAAUACAUGUUUCUGAUAAUCCACUAGAGUUAUAGUGCAUUCGCUGACAAGUCAAAGAAAGCGACUACUCAUCUCUGUGAGCGAUCAAGAGCUAAACGGCACCGUUCAUCCAGUGACAUCGAACACAGACCACUCACCUAUCCCAGAACUCCACAGUGCAGUGUAAAGAGGACCUGCCUUCAUUUCAUUGACCCUGAUUGUGUUGAUGAUUACGCCAGGGUUCUCUUUCCGAUUUGUUUUGCGCUGUUUAACAUCAUAUAUUGGUUACGUUUUAAGUUUCUGUGA